AAAAUUUGACCUCAACUCUGGAAUCGUAGUGCAUGAGGUCAGUGCAUUAUUAUUCUUUGGAAAGCCAAUCUUUGUAGACCAGUUGGUCUCAUAUUGAGAUGCAGAAACGCGCGUGUAAUUUAGCAGCUUCACCAACUCAGCUGUGCAUACUACGUGUCCUUUCCUUUCAUCUUCCAACUGAAAAUAAAAAAUAAAAAAUCAUAGCAGGAAUAAACCACCAGCUCCCAAUUUCUCUCCACGACCAUAACACCUUUCGCCUUAUCAAAAUCAAUUCCACCACAAACUUCACGAUUAUCUCCUAAUCAUUAAAUCUUUUCAAGGAGUGUUUAGGUUAUUAUGGUGAGGUCUUCUUUUUUAUAGUGUGCAGUGGAAUUUAAUUGAUAGUUGAGAAGUACUCUCAUCAUCACAGGCAGCUGCUUAUUUGUAUUCAUGGUUUCAGAGUAAUUGAUAGCGUGUAGUGGAAUUUAAUUUUAAGGGAUAAUUAAACAUGAGUGAGGUACAUAAGAGUGGUAAUGCUGCUUGUGAUGAUGAGAAUACUUCUACUGGAUCAUAUGCAAGUGAAGGAUCAAAUGAGAGUUCUGAUUAUCUUGAUCAUGAGAUUGCUCAACUUACGAAAUUAAGAUCAGGACCUAAUGAACUUUUGAGUCGGGAUGUGCCUGGUAGUUUGAGACUGCUGCCCGUCUCAACUGUGAAAAUGUUGGCUGGUCGAGAGGGUAAUUAUUCUGGGAGAGGAAGAUUCUCCUCUGCCGAUAGUUGUCAUGUUUUGAGUCGAUUCUUGCCGGUUCAUGGUCCUUGGAGAGUUGACCGCAUGAAAAGCCGUGCUUAUGUUUCUCAGUUUUCUGAUGAUGGCACUCUUUUCAUUGCAGGAUUUCAGGGAGGCCACAUUAGGGUAUAUAAUGUGGAUAAGGGAUGGAAAGUUCAGAAGGACAUCUUGACCAAAAGCUUGAGAUGGACAAUUACUGAUACUUGUCUUUCACCUGAUCAGCGCUAUCUUGUGUAUGCUAGUAUGUCACCUGUUGUGCACAUUGUAAAUGUUGGAUCUUCUACGACAGAAUCACUUGCAAAUGUAACGGAAAUUCAUGAUGGUCUGGAUUUUUCUGAAAACCAAGAUGACAAUGAUGAUUAUGAUGGGUUUGGGAUCUUCUCUGUGAAGUUUUCAAUGGAUGGGCGAGAGCUUGUAGCUGGAGGUAGUGAUUUUGCAAUACAUGUUUAUGACCUUGAGACAAAUAAGAAUAUUCUCCGAAUUCAUGCACAUCAGUCUGAUGUUAAUACAGUAUGUUUUGCUGAUGAAACUGGACAUCUUAUCUAUUCCGGAAGCGAUGAUAACUUUUGUAAGGUGUGGGAUAGGCGUUGCUUUAUUAGUAGAGGACAAGCAACUGGUGUCUUGACAGGACAUCUAGAAGGCAUUACAUUCAUAGACAGCCAUGGGGAUGGACGUUAUUUUAUUUCAAAUGGAAAAGACCAAACUACCAAAUUAUGGGAUAUACGAAAGAUGUCCUCUAAUACCUCGUGCAUUCCAAUGCUUAGAGAUCCUGAGUGGGACUACAGAUGGAUGGAGUAUCCCCCAAAUGCAAGAAUCUUGAAACACCCUGAUGAUCAGUCAUUGGCUACAUACAGGGGUCACUCAGUCUUGCGUACUCUGAUUCGCUGUUACUUCUCUCCUGAAUAUAGCACUGGGCAAAAGUACAUUUAUAGUGGAUCUACUGAUGGCUCUGUUUAUAUUUACGAUCUGGUGAGUGGAGCUGAAGCUGCAAGACUUGAUUAUCAUGAAGGUCCUGUAAGAGAUUGUAGUUGGCAUCCCGUCUAUCCUAUGAUUGUUAGCUCUUCUUGGGAUGGCGCAAUUGCCAGAUGGGAAUUUCCGGGUUCUGGAGAAGCACCAACUCCAGUAACUCGGAGGUCAAGCCAGAGGCAUUAUGCAUAUGUACAAUGCAAUUAUGCUCUGCAGUGACUACUUUCUGAAAGUUACUUUUUAUUAUUGAAAGUUGAGUGGAAAAGAUAUGCUACGCCUUCUUUU